AUGCGCGAUGGGAAGGUGCGGUUGAAUGAUUUCACGCUCGGGGAGUUGGCGCGAGGAUUGUGCCGAGCAUCGCGGGACGUGCCGGAGACGCUGACGACGCUGCGGGAGGCGGUGUCGCUGGGGGCGACGAUGAACUCGUACGCGCUCACGACGAUGUUCGCGGCUUGUAAGCGAGAGCAAUACGCAUAUCGCAGGGCGAAGGGGAAGUGGGCGCGCGAUGAGAAUAAGAAGAUGAUUGAGACGUUGCAGGAGGUGUGGAAUGCUGGUAGGGGAUAUCACAACGGGUACUCGCUCGCGAACGCGAUGCGAACGUUUCAAUUGUCCGAUCGCGAGGAUCUCGCUUUGGAGAUAUUCAAGGAAGGCGAGGUUAAAGUAUUGGACGCGCACGCUCUGCGUUGCGCGUUGCAAAGUUACGCCGCGGUGGAGGGAUUGAAGAGCGCGGACGAAAUGUAUCGUCGCGGCAAAAAGGAAGGCGUCGUCAUCGACGUCGGACACGUCAACACUUUGCUUUACGCAGCGAUGGAGUCGGGCGAUCACGUAUACGCGACGAAAAUAUUUGACGAUAUGGUUGCGGGCGCUGAACCAUCGCCAGACGUGCUGUCGUUGGUGUACGUGUUAUCAGCGUGCGCCAAGGCGAAGGAAGCCGACGUCGCGAUGGAGUACUUUGAGCGCGGGUUAAAGGCGGGAAUCGACUACGAUAUCUCCACCAUCGACGCCUUGUUAAAAUCGUGCGCAAAAUCUGGGCGUGCCGUUGACGCGCUGGAGGUGUUCAUGGACGCGACGGCUCAUGGUAUCAAAGUGAGAGAGUCUACAAUUACUCUUUUGCUCUCGGCGUACCAAGACAUCGCCGCCCAGCCCGGGCAACUGGAACAGGCGCUGACGAUCGUGGACAUGGGCUUGUUUUUGAACGUUGAGCCGACCGAUCGCAUGGUUAAGGCACUGCUCCGCUUGUGCGUUGCGGGUGACGAUCUCGAUCGGGGUCGCGAGGAACUUCGCAAGGCUUGCGAACGCGGUGUGCGUGUGACGUGCUCUGCAUUGAGCAUUCUAGCCGAGCCGUACGCGGCUCGCGGCGAUAUCGACGGUGCACUGGACGUUAUUCGAUCAGGUAAAGGCAUGGGGAUCGAACUGAAAUCUGGCGUGUUCAUACAAUGCGUCUCAGCCCGGAAAGCCCGCGGUGACGGCGACGGCGCGCUCGUCCUGUACAAAGCGUCCAGAGACGAGUUUGAUGUCGAGCCGAGCGCCCGAAUCAUAAACGAGCUUUUUGACGCUCUCGGACGUAAGGGGAUGUGGGAAGAAGCGCUUCGAAUCCUUUCCGACGACGUGCUCUCCGUGGAUGGCGUCGCGCGCGCCGGCUUUAGCGAAACGGCGGUAUCCCAUCUAGUUCGCGCCUUCAUCAACGCGGGUGAUCUCGAGCAAGGCGCCGCAGCGCUCGAGAUUGGUAAAAUGCUCACGAAUUCCGCGAACAAACUCGCCGAAGAGCGUCUGCGCGCCGCACAGAAGCGGAAGCUCAAGAGAUGA